CGCAAUAUCGAUAUUUCGUAAAUGUCUGUGAUUAUUUGUCGUCGUCCUCAGAUGUAACUGCUGACCGGUUUGUGAAUUGGAAAGAAAGCAGCGGUGUAAGAUGAUUGAAUGAGCGGUUAAUUAUAAUCUUUCCUUUUUCAAAGUAAAAUACAACUUAAAUAUGCACCAGUUGUGGAUGCAAGCAAAAUCUUAGUUAUGUUUUGCUACAGAACUCCAAAUUCACAUAUAUUUUAGUCUACACGGUCUGCGCGUAGACUGCACUAUGCAGUUCAAGUGGCUUAGACGUUUUGUGCGUAGACGGACCCGUCCAAUUCCUGCGCAAACAGCUACAGAUUGGAAGAAGAGAUUAUCCAUUGCGUACAUGUUAAUAGCUUGGAAUGCCUUCGGAUUUGUUUGUUAUAUGAUGUACACUGGUCGCACGGACUGGGCAAAGUAUUAUGGUUACAAAACAUCGGAUGAUCCUACGCCAGGUGUAUACUGGGCCCGAUCAUUAAGCAAAGGAGAAACAAAGAUCGUCAGGCUCUCUGGCUUUCAUAAAACAGGUGAAGAAACAUUCAAAAGGGAGGCAGAAACCACCGAAGAUGCCCCAUCACCUUGAUUACUGUUGACUAUGUGCAUCAGCCUUCAGCGAGUUAAAAUAUUAGUAUUGUAUAGGUAUCAUUGCGCAGGGAAAGUUGAUUGAAAUAAAGUUUGUAGUUAACGGCAGUCGCAUAUGUUUGUCAUAUAGGUCAUUCAGUACUGUUGUCAUUAGGAGCACCAGAAUUGUGGAAGACAAUUCGCCGUUCCUGCCGUGAGAGAGAGGUGAUUUUAACCCACAGUUGCCCAGUUUAUUACCGUGGUUUCAGUUCUAUAUUUUGGCGAGCUCCGCAAAUCAAACAUGUAACUGGUGUUGCAUUCAGAAGUUACCAGAUAACAUGUACAGCAUAUUUUUGUAAUUGGUAAUAAAAUAUAGCUAUCUUUUAA